GAAUUUCAACAGAGCUGUAUAUGAUAAUGAUACAUGGGAUACAUGCAGUGGAGCCUUAACAGUAUAAGGUUAAACUGAGCAACCUUAAAUACCUCUGAACAGUUAAUGUUUAACCUAGAAAAUAGGCAGGUUUUAGUUGUUUGUUUUGUUUAGAUUUUUGUCAUUUCCUAACAUGAUGGCUUCUAACCUGUACUCACAGAACCUGAUGUUCCAAAAAACCUCACAGUGACUAACAUUACAACAAGCUCAUUAUUUCUGAACUGGACUCAACCAAUAGGAGAAAGAUUUUUCUUUAAAGUACAAUGGAGUCAUGACAACAUAACUAUGAAUUCAACAACCAGAAACACUUUCUUUAACAUUACUGAUCUCAGUCCUGGAGUCAGUUACACCUUUCUGUUAUCUGCUGUUGCUGCGGAUAAUAUAACAGAAGGAGAAGCAAUUGGUCUUUCAGUCUAUACAAAGCCUGACACUGUUAGCAACCUCACAGCAGUUAAUGUUACAACCACCUCUAUAUUACUGCAGUGGACUGAAGCAAUGGGGGAAAUUUCCCAUUAUGUAAUCAAAUAUGAGAAUUUCAAUACGACAGUCAAUGAGACUACUGAAAUCACCAGCAUUAACAUAAAUAAUCUGACUCCUGGAGUACAGUACACAUUCAAAGUGUUUGCAGUUGCUGCAGAUAAUAGAACAGAAGGAAAUUACAGCUGCGUUUCUGCCUACACAAAGCCAAACACUGUAAGAAAUCUGGUAUUUUCUGAAGUGACAACAGAAUCCUUGGCUCUUAAAUGGGAUGCACCUACAGGACAGUGGUCUUUUUUUAGAGUGCAUUGGAUAAACAACAGAAUUUUUGCAACUGCGAUUAACAUCACUAAUCUAGAACCUGGAACAAAUUACACAUUUGCAGUAUCAGCUGUUGCUGCCGAUAAUAAAGAAGGAUCCCUGGUUAAUAUUUUCACUUGCACAGAUGCAAGUCCUGUCUCUAAAAUAAUCUGUGAAGGACCAAAUCGCAGUGCAACAUCGUUGCUGAACUUAACAUGGUGGAAUCCUCCAGGCAACUAUGAAGGAUUCAACAUUGGUCUCAGUUCAACAACCAGUGACUUCAUUAAACCUUGCACUAAUGUCUGUAACCACAAUUAUUCUAAAAACCUCCAAUACUUCACCACUUACAAUUUGACUAUUUCAACCAUUGGAUGUGGUGAGAAUGGCACAAAGGUCAUUAACUGCAGAACAGGCAUUACAGAGCCACCAGUUCCCAGUAAGUCAGAAGACGUAACAAUCGAAGUCAUUCCAAAAAGCCCGAGUGUAAUAAAUCUACAAUUCAGUGCCAGCCUUCUGAAUGCUACUAAUGGACCAAUUGAAGCCUACGGUGUUCUGCUGUCACCUGACCCUCAAAGUAACAUCUCCAGGAGUUCCCUACAAAUUACCUAUAGUGACUGGCAGAAAGAGAAGACCAAGGCUUAUCUCACAGUUUUAAAAUUAAAUGAAAAUAAAAAUACCAGAAGCAACAUGAUUACGGUUGUCAUUGGUAAUUACUCAGAUAUGCUCAAUAAUACAGAAUAUAUAAACGGACCUCUGGAUAAUCAGGAAUACAGGGUAGCUUUGGUUUUCUUUACCUACCUGGAAAUCAAUAACGGACUUGUGGACAUCCAGAAAUCAAUCUACUCUAUGACACCUUUUGCCAAAGAUACUGCUACAUUAGAUUCCACAUCAAACACACUUGCAGUUGUUUUGGGGACGGUGUUGUCCGUCGUCAGUAUUUUUAUCAUUGUCUUUACCAUGGUCAUGGUGAGAAGGCUCAAGAUCCACUACAGUCCUAACCAGAAUGAUGUGAACGUGGUUAGUGAAAGUUCUGAACUGCAAGCUAUCUAUGAGAACUUGGAUUAUGUAUCGAGGCCUGCUCUAAAUUCUACCAUCUAUUCUACCCAACUGGAAAUAUUUAAAUAGUAAACUCUGAAAUACUCCUCAGCCUUUCCUUCUUAAUGCAUGUGAAGCGUUCACUUCCAGAGGAAUUUGCCACCCUUCAAUGUAAUAAUCCAUGUCCCAGUUUACCACAAUUUUUCUAGCUCUCAUGAGCA